AUGGAAUCUCCAAAAAAAGCUUCGGUUAAACACAUUGAAUUUCAGCUUCAGCGUGAAAAAGCUUUAACGAGAGAUCUAGACGCGAGGUGCAAGGCAUUUCAGGCGCAGAUUGCCCAGCUUGAACAGGAUAAGGCAGAGCUUCGUAGAGAGAAACUGUCUUUUGCAGAGGACGCCAAGAAGCUCCCCAAGCUUGAUGAGCGGGCCCACGCACUUAUUAAGGAUAUUGAAGGUAGGGAUGCUAUUAUUAAUCAGUUGCGUGCGAGUUUGGCAGAGGCCAAGAUAGAAAUUGACGCGAUUCGUCACAAUGCUAAUACAUCUAUUGCUUCAUGGAAGGUUGCUGAAGCGCAAUGGAUUUCUGAGCAAUCUGCACUCAAUGAUUAUAUUAAUGAACAAGAGGCUAAAAUUGCGAAUUUGCAAAGUGUUCUUAAUCAAAAGCAGGCUAAGCUCGAGGAGGCUGUUGGAAAUCUUAAACAAGAAUAUGAACGAGCCGAAAAAAUCAAUAAAAUUCGAGAACAACUUGAUAAAGAGCUCUUAGGUAUUAACGAGCGGCUUGAAUGUUUACAAAAUCGUAAUUUUGAACUCGACCAAAACAUUUACCAACUGAAUCUUGAACGGGAUCAGAUGAAGGAGUCACUCGAUUACAAGGACACUGAAAUUAAGACACUCGAAGCACGCAUUGCAAAACAUCUAAGUACUGAGGAAAAGCUGGAGCAAAUGAUUAAUUCGCUAAAUGACCGUAUCAACUCUGCCAGGAUGAUUAAUCUAGAGGGAAAAAGUGAAAAUGAAAAACUUUUAUGUGAUAUUGCUGAUGCCCGUAAGGAGAACCAACGGUUGGUCAUGCAGAUGGAUGCCCUAAAAAGAGAUCUGGAGUUAGGUUCGCAAAGUCAAGCAAUGCUGCAAAGGACUUUGGAUGAUUUGCGUGAAAAAUAUCAAGCCGAGCGAGAAGAUUUGAAAGAGAGGAACCUCGAGGUGCGAAAACAUGAGCUCACGAUCAGUCAGCUUACUGUGGAGAUAAAAAAAUCAGAGAACCAAUGCGCUGAGUGGUCCUUUAGGUCCUUAUCGAUGGAGACGGAGCUACGGAAACUGAAGGAAGAGGCGCGAAGGCUUAAGGACAGUGCAGAAAGCUACUUGGAAGAAAAUAUUGAUUUAAAGGAGCAUAUUCAAGCUUUAAAAGUUAAGCUGGACCGUAAAGAUGAAGAAGUGGUUCUUACAUGUUCUCAACUUGAAGAUCGCAUCGAGAGCCUUACUUCGGACCUCAAAAACAUGGAGAAGCAGGUUAUGGAGCGUCAGGAGAUCAUAAAUGAUCUUACAAACGAGCUUGGCCGCACGAACGAAAAGAAUGCCGUGUACCACAAUAAGAUUUUAGAAGAGUCAGAGGCUGUUACAAGAUUGCGUAACGACUUCGUAUCUCAGUUUAAUGAGGUGCAAUCAAGAGCGCGCGAUGUUUUUCUGCUGAAGUGCAUGUGUGAAAAACAAGAGCAAGCCAUGAUCUUUCUUAGCGACAUCAUAAACAUUUUGUGUACCGAGCGGAGUUCGCUGCUUUCCUUACAACUGUUUUACCAGUGUGAGUUGCGCUCAAGGCAAAAGGAAAUUAAUGAGCUCGUGAAAACGAUUGCUAGCUGCGAAGACAUCCAUAGUGAACUCCAAGUCCGUGUCGUGGCUCAAAGCACUGAGCUUCAGGCUCUACAAGAGAAACUUGUAGAGCAGAAUGAUUUGUGCUUGGAAUAUGCAGAGGAAAUGACUAAGCUCAAAGCACAAGCUACAACAACACAUAGUUUGGCAGAUCAAAAGCAGAAAAUUAUAGAAAAAUUGAACGCUGAAAUAUUUCGUCUCGAGAAGGAAAAGCAAGCGCAUGGAGAUCGAUGGGCGCUGGAGCUAGACCAAGAAAAGCACCUCAUUGCAGCUCUUUUAUAUCACGAGAAAAAAAAUAUUGCUGUCUUUGAUGAGAAGCUAUGUUCAUUUGACGAGUGCAUAAUGGUCAAAGUCGAGUGUUACGAACAGGCUAUCAUCGCAUCCCUUGAAAAUGCUCAACGCAAUCUGAGGGAAGAAGGUGAAGCCAAACAAAAGGCUCUCCUCAGAUGUAAGGAAAUGGCUGCCCUCAUCGAAGAAAUCAAGGGAUCUAACAAUAAAGAUCUUAUCGCAGCCACAGAGAAACAGAACACGCUUCAUCAUAGAAUCGAAACACUUGAGAAUCAACUACAAGUGGCGAAAAAUGAAACUAAACACACAGAGUUUCACCUGAAUGCGCUGCUGCUCAGGUUUGAAAGUGAACAAAAGGCAGCUAGCGCAUUUAAAAAGGAGUCUCAUAAAGCGCUUAAAAGUGAGCGAGUGCAACUGGAGAAAGUGGAAAAAGAGAAUCAGAAACUUCGAGAUGCGUUGGAGUAUGAAAUAAAGCGUAAAUGUGAGUACAAAGAAGCUUUGGAAGAAUUGAAGCGUCUUCGUGAAGAAGGUGAAGGGUAUCGCAGGAAGGAAAAGGAUAUCGCUACGGAAGCCAUCAAGGCGGCCAAUGAGGAGGCAAGGUACUGGGUGGAGUGCUUUGAUAAAUUAAAGACUAUGGUCGAGACGAGUCGCCAGACCGGAACCCGCAUUCCUUCUGUUGAUCCUGAUACCUGUAGCCGUCUGGAAUCUGUAAAAUCAAGAAUAUCCGAGGCUUUGCAACCGCAAAACGUCAAUCAAUCCAUCCCUCAGGACGUGAAAUAUAAGCGGCAAAGAAUAGAUUUUUGCGAGUAG